AUCUCACCGGGCCACCGGCAGACACAGCAACAGCAGGAGGGGACACCCUGGUCUGAACUCUCUUCCUCGCCAUGGGCGUCUGAUUCCACAUUCCUGUUGCCUCUGUCUCCUGGUUCAUGUCCUCAACUUCAACCCCAAUCCUGAUCACCAAUGAGCUGAUGCACGAUUGUUUCCUCUGUUUUCCCUCCUACAAACAAGGCGAUCCUGGAUAUCCCUCCCUCCUGCUGGCUUCCCUAUGAUGGAGGAUGUCCGCCACCCUAAUUCCACCGGUCACCAAUGGUGUCCGCAGUGGACGACACCAUCACCAUCAUCAACAUCAUGGCCGCUCGCAUAAGCGAGUGCAACCCCUCUCCCUCUCUCACCAACCGCAGCCAUCCCCCUCCCAGGCCGACCUCCUCACUCCUCCAUCCCACGGCCUCCCUUCGACUCCUCGAUCACCGUUGUUCAGUGGCCUCAUAGAUGUGAUGGAGAAGGAUACAGGCCUCCCGUUUCAUGACAGCGCCUCCUCUCCUGAGGUGACAGUGCUGUCCGAGAAACCUACCGAGCAUACUGCCAAACCGCCACCGGAACACAAACACCCUUCGAGGAUAUCGCUGCGACUGUUGAAGGCCUCUGAGAAAUGGCCGCUGUUACAUGCAAUCCUGAAGGAGAGGGACUCGCGACGUAUCUUCUAUUUUAUGAGCCUUAAUUUUUCCUUCAUGGUGGUCCAGUUGCUUUAUGGAAUUACAACCGGGUCACUGGGCCUUCUCAGCGACAGCAUUCAUAUGCUAUUCGAUUGUUUUGCGUUGGCUGUCGGCUUGUCUGCUGCAGUCAUGAGCAAGUGGCCCCCGAGUGCUCGGUUUCCCUUCGGCUAUGGGAAGGUGGACACCCUUGCUGGCUUUGCCAAUGGAGUUUCGUUGCUGAUCAUUAGCAUUGAAAUCAUAUUCGAGGCAUUCGAGAGACUAAUCUCCGGAAGCGAGCUUAAUCGCCUUGGAGAACUUUUUAUCGUUUCGACGCUCGGCCUGAUCGUGAACAUGGUUGGCAUUUUGGCCUUUGAUCACGCACACCAUCACGGACAUGGCCACUCCCAUUCGCACGGUGACCAUCAUCAUGAGAAUAUGCACGGAAUCUAUCUCCACAUUCUUGCAGAUGCAUUAGGGUCCGUUGCUGUCGUUGGCUCAACCGUCCUGGUACACUUUUUUGGCUGGGCUGGCUUCGAUCCUAUCGCAUCCUGCAUUAUUGCCGUCCUUAUCUUUGUCUCCGCCAUUCCCCUCGUCAAGACCACGGCCAAGACUCUUCUUCUCGCUGUUCCCGCGGACGUUGAGUAUAAUCUCCGCGAUACCCUUGCCGGCAUCAGUACCUUGCGUGGUGUCGCGGGAUACACUGUGCCUAAGUUCUGGCUUGAUGACACACAACAUGACAAGAAACACGGACAUGGUCAUCAUCAUAAUCAUCAUCAUCGGCACGGUAGUACCCCGAGCCACGCCCGUGACUGCAACGAUCAUACUCAUUCUCACGGCGAAAAGGAAAUGCAAAAUAUCUUGGGGGUUAUCCAUGUCAUCGCUUCCCGAGGUACGGACAUGGCAGACGUUCAGCGCAGGACUAUCGAUUACCUCCGCGAACGUAAUAUGGAUAUUCUGGUGCAAGUGGAACGGGAAGGCGAAGGUCGGUGCUGGUGCGGAGGGGGCAACAAAUUCAUCUCGUAGGUUCAUAGUCUCCCGGGUGUAUGGAGUAUCCUAUGGAACAUAUUUCUUUUGUAUUCAACAUGUUUACGUUGGGGGGUUGUCUUUUUAGUGGGGUGGUUGGUACCUUGGGGUCUCGGUUAGUAUCUUGUAUAGGAUAGAGUUGAUGAUGGACACCACCCAGUAAGAAACGGAUUCCUACCUGGGGUUGGAACUAUGGCUUGGUGCGAAGUACACAAUAACC